CAAGUGCUUGAUAGUAGAUUGAUCGUCGCAAACGGCUUUGCGCCUUGCUGUAUACCACCUCGACUAUUUCACUUACCUCCAUUAACUAGUACUCUUACGAAGUUUUCUUGAGCUAUAAGCUUACUUCACUGGAGUCUUGUCUUGUUUCUAGAAAUGAUCCAUUCCAAUGCAUUCCUAUAAAGUAUAUCUUUAGUAGCGAUCGACGCUGACAUGAACCCCUAAUAAUAACUUUCUAUAAUACUAUAAGGUAGUCAGGAAGCGGCAAUAACAAAGAAUUCAUUGUUAGAUGUUUUCGGCGUUAUGUAACGAUGACUAGCUACUUCCCGGUACAGGCCUUAUCGCCGACGGAGAAUCGUCGCGAUGAGGUAGAAACUCGAGGCCCUGGUGUUGGCAAUAGCGAAGAUGAAUGGAGUCAUAGUGAGGAAGACGACAUAGAUGAGCAAGCUGGCUUAUUCUCAUCGAGGCAACGUAACGUCGGGCAACGCCAACGCCGACCAUAUUGGCCAAUUUGUGUUUUCGCUUUCGCCUGCGUCGGUACGAUUUUCUGUCUCGCAUGGUUAGCACUAUCUGUAGACAUUUCCGGGAUUUCUAGCCCAUCCUCUUCCAAGGAGACACCUAGCGUGCCUCUUCGACGUCCAGAUGAAGACUACAUACUGGACAAGAACUGGGAUUUCGCAGCUCCCAGGCAGUUACGGACGUAUAAUUGGACUAUCAUUGAUAUAGAAGGUGACCCAGAUGGCGUCCGCAAAGACAUGAUGACAAUCAAUGGCCAGUUCCCGGGCCCCCUGAUCGAGGUGAACGAGGGCGAUAUCAUACAAGUCAACGUACAUAACAGGGCUUCCAACGCCACUACCAUCCACUGGCACGGCAUUUUUCAAAACGGCACAAACUGGAUGGAUGGAGCUGCGGGCGUGACUCAAUGCCCCAUCGCCUCUGGGGGUUCGUACAGCUACAAGUUCAACGUAACUGGCCAAGCUGGUACAUAUUUCUACCACGGCCACCAGGGGGUACAAGCCCUCAGCGGACUCGUAGGGCCACUCGUAAUCCACAGCCGAGAUGAAGCAGCGCACCAACCCAUCCGCUAUUCGUCUGACCGCGUAGUCCUGCUCCAGGACUGGUACUACGACUCCAGCGAUGGGCUAAUGCGCGACGUCCUAUCUCCGGGCGUCGAGGACGCGCCGGUGCCCAACACGGCCUUGCUGAACGGCGUGAACCGAGCUGACUGCUCGAGCCAUCCCACUCGGCUAUGCUCGAAUGCGGAUAAUAAGCCUUUCCCAAGUCUAGACCUAGCCCCUUACCAAGGCCACAGACUGCGGUUCCUGAAUGUCGGGGGCUUCGCCUGGUUCCAGGUCGCCGUAGAUGAACAUGAUUCUCUGCCGGUCAUUGAGGUGGAUGGCACCACCGUCGAGCCCACCAACACGUCUUCACUGGUAAUCGCUCCUGGGCAGCGGUAUAGCGCAGUAUUAACCACCGACCAACAAAGCAAAGAGGCUUUCUGGCUUCGAGCCCGGAUGAUCAAGUCCUGCUUCGCAACUCAGACUCUACCCGAAGACGGCAUCGACGAGGCAAAAGCCAUCAUACGCUACCACGUCCCUUCGGCAAGACACGGGGACCACGCACCCCCACCCCUACCCACCACAGCUUCUAAACUCGAAUACCUCCCAACCUGCAAAGACAUGUCCUCCACAACCUCCUUCUCCCCCUCCCCAGCACUCCCAGCACCAGCCCACGCCGACCACUCCUGGCACCUGCGCGUGAACCUCGCGAUCGGCGACUGGCGCCUCCAACGCGGCGUCAUGAACUCCUCCUCCCUCCGCCCGAACCUGGAAUCGCCCACACUCCACCGCAUCGUCGACGGCCUCUCCCAAACCAACGACUCCUUCACGCCGCCCGGGAUCCUCAGCACCGCCUUCGACCCAACCUCCGAGCUCGUCGUCUCCAACAGCAACAACGGCGCCCCCGAGACCGUCGACAUCGUCCUGCAGAACAUGGACGAGAACAGCCACCCCUUCCACCUGCACGGCGCGCAGACCUGGGUCCUCGCCUCCGGGCACGGCUACUUCCCAGGUUACGAGGCCCUCGGGUUUCAGCCCGACGGCAAGGGACUGCUCCCCCCAAUAACCACCACCAUCAUCGCCAACCCCCUAAAACGCGACACCGCCACCGCCGAAGGCUUCGGAUGGGUGCUCCUCCGCUUCGUCGCCGACAACCCGGGGAUCUGGCUCUUCCACUGCCACGUGCUGUGGCACUCGGAGGCGGGGAUGGGGAUGCUGUUCCUGUCGCGCGUGGAGGAGAUGCGGGGGUGGGAGAUCCCCGGGGACGCGAGGGCGUUGUGCGAGGUUCCCGGGGAGGAGCUAGGGAAGGGGGCGGUGCCGGGGGAUGAGGAGUUUGUUGGUUUUCACGGUGAUGAUGAGAGUAGGUAGGGAUUUGGGGGGUGAGGGAGGAGUGUAUAGAUAUAUCUUGGGAUGGUUCGUCAUAUACGUACAAGAAAACAUACAUACAUAGUUAAUAGCUUGGUUGUGUUAACUGCCUCAAUGUGCCUGUACAUAACACGAAAUAAAAUCUCCCAAAGGGGGAUUAUUAUAACGACUCAGACCUUCGACAAAUUGAAACGCGGCCGUCUUAACAUAGCCAGACUAAAAGCCAUAAGCUCCCCUAUGGUAAUAAAAGCCAUAGUCAUACAGUAUUUAGAAUAGGUACUCUGAAAGACGAUAGCAACACAUCGACGAUACCUAGGAUCUAGGCACCUAGAUAAGGUACUCAAACACACCACUUCAC